ACUACACAAAAAAGCAUGCAAUUUGUUGUUGCACAUUUUUCAAAUUGAAUUUUAAGUAAUAUUCACAUAGUUUUAAAUCGAAUAGUGUGCAUGUUUAUCACAGUGCGUUUCAUAAGUACCGGGUAAAACGAGUACGAUUUGAAAUGGACUCGAAAAACAGAGAAUCUAGUGAAUUUUGCACAUCAAAAACGAGUGAUGCCGGCGAUGCCAACAAAAUGGCGUCUCCGUCUGUAACUUUGAAUAGGAUAAAGACAGUAGAGCAUGAACUGAAAAUAAUGGAAGUUGAGGGGGCAGUAACGUCAGAGCCAUCAGCAACAAUUGAGCUGCAUGACGAUGAAGUCCAAGUCGAUGUCGAUGUCGAUGUCGACAGUGUGCCAAAGGAAUCAGACGUCGACUAUCGGCAGACGGCACUCCUUGGCAAAGCGGAAAACCUUGAAAACCGAGAUCCGCUUGUGGACGAGAGGAUUGCCGCCAAGACGGAGCCAAGCAGCGAUGUUGAGAGCAUUGGUUCUUACAGUGGUCCCGACCCAAUGGGUCUCCUAGAGCGCAUUGACUCAACGCAAGAGAUCGAUGAUGAUGACGAUGACGGGGAAGAGGAGAGUGUGGACGAGGGCAGCAGCACUGGAUCCCGUCGCAACAAUCGAAUCCAUCGUUGGCAAAUUUGGAUGAAGCGCUGGCCCUGGUUGCUCCACGAGCAAUCCGAUGGCGACUUUGCGUUUUGUCUUUAUUGCAACGUCGUUAUCAAUGUGAAUAGGCAAUCAAAAUACAUACAACAACACAAUUUGUCACUCUACCACCAGGAGCGUGAGAAUAAUUACCUGGCAUUCAAGGAACACGAGAGCCAAGCAUCCGAAUCUGACAAUGAAGUCAAGCAUGAGUUUGGGAGCAAUGAUUAUGUGGCCGCCAUGAAACAAAGACGCGCCAACGAAGUAGAUACAUUAAACGACUUUAACUGGGAGCGUUGGUUAAAGUGGCAUUCAUGGCUGGAACGCCUGCAGCCAGCGGGCACGAUUGGUCUGUGCAAAUGUUGCAACAUCCGCAUGAAUGUGGAGUUUGUUUAUCUGCGGAAGCGGCAUGAAUCUAGCAAAGGUCACUGCGAAGCGGAGAGACAGCGACAACAACCGGAUAAGUCUUCACGUAAACGCAAGCGCAGUGAAAGCCCCGUUGAAACAUCCGGCGAUAAUGUGUCUGAGAAAAAAAGUAGCUCAAAGAAGCAUGCUGAAGACUCAACUGUUGUCACUGCCAGUGGCUCCAGUGCUGAAACCGGGGAUCGCAGUGAUUGGUUGGAGUUGCUGCCAAAUACAAGUCCACAACAAUGUCGCUGCACGGUUUGCAAUGUUCGUAUGCACUUAAACAACUUUACGCGACAUCUAGGUACCAAGGUGCACUGUAGCAAUGUAAAUGACCAUAAGAAGAAUACAGAAAAUACAAUGGAGCUCGGUAUUUGGGCUCAGUACGCGGAUAUGCAUCCUUGGCUUGUUGCAGAUCCCACGGAUCCGGCUUGGGCAUAUUGCCAGGUAUGCAGCAUGCGCUUCACAUACGGCCACUCGGAAAUCAAACGCUUAAUUCAUGAGAAAUCAGAGAGACAUCAAGGAAAUCUAGCAGCCUCACAAACUGCUAAAGAAAAGAAAUCUGCAACUGACGACAAGGUGACGCAAAGCGAACCGGAAGAGUCCGAGGCACAGAGCGAGAGUGAUGGCAGCGAUGACAGCUACGUCGAAGAAGACGACAGACUGUCCACUUCGCAGAAGAGUUCGGAUGAACGCUCUGAAGUAGCUCCUAAGGCGACUAAGGCUAAGCGUACUGUGCGUCAUUACUCAUGGCUACGGUACUCCAAGGAUCGCAAGAAACAGAUGUGCAAAUAUUGUAAGGUGCGAUUCAGCAAUGAGUCGAGCAAAUUACAGCACGAUCAAAGUGAACAACACAAGAAGACAAUGCAACAACUGAAAGCGCGGAAAGGCAAAAAGUCUAAGAAAGUCCAAGAGCAAAGUAGCCAGGAUAACGAAGAGGAGGACGAGGAUGAGAACGAGGAAGAGCAGAGUAAUUCUGAAUCCAUAGCGGCUGAAGAUGCUGCCAACGACGCCGAGAAAGCGUCCAGAACACCAAAUCCUACAAAUAAAGCCACUGCCAAGAUAGCCUUUAAACAAGUACCGACCACAAUGCAGGGCAAGGUGAAUGUAUGGAGGUCGCGCUUUCCGUGGAUCUCGUAUAAACGCAAGGAGAAGCGUAAGAAUUACGGCUGGUGCAAGUUGUGCGAUGUGUCCGUCUUCAUGCCCAGCUGCAAGUUUGCCGCCAGGCAUCAGCGCAGCUCUCGUCAUACACGACUGCGACUCGAGCGUAAACGAGCGAUUGAACAGCCGCCUUCGGAGGGAACAGCAACGGCAACGGCGGCGAUAACUUCAACAGCAGCUGGAAGUGCUACUUUGGCAACGGGCGAUGCGAAGCAGAAGGCAGCCAUGGCUGAGCUGCAGGCAAAAUACAAAUGGUUGGAGCCGGAUGCCACCGAUGAAAAUCGCUGUUAUUGUAAACUAUGCGAUACCCGGCUGCCCAUAAAGGUCUUCUAUUUGCGCCAGCACGAUGGUUCACGUAAACACGCUGAGAGCUUGGAGCGAAUCGGAAACAACAGCAAAGUCACAACAACGUUGGAGCAGCCAGAGCCAGCAAACAGAAUGGAUGUAGAUCAGGAUAGCGAUGAGGCGUUGAGCGUCAAUCCGCAUUCUUUUAGAUCGGAGUGCAGCACCGAGGAGCAAACGAUGUCGAAGCGUUCGCGUCGUACGAUGGAGCUGCGUCGGAUUUUACGCAUUCUGCGCGAAUCAGCGGGAAAGCGUCACGAGGAGCGCAGCCAAAUCGAUAUGGCCAGAGACAUGAUCUGUUCCUCCUUUGACAUUGUUAAACGUCUGCGCACACUUGAACGCGACACUGAGUUAGAGUCACGAGAGCUGCCAUCGUCGUCCAUGCAACAUCCGUGUGGCAUGGUCGCAUCUCCUUCACAGCCACGUGAUACCAUUGACCUCUUUUUCGACAGCAUAACACAGACAAUGAAAAGUCUGCCUCCAGAUCUCGCUGCCGAGGGAAAGGCCAAAAUUAUGCAAUACGUUAGCAAUUUAGAAUUACGCAGCAUACAACGCACAGCGUCAACGCCAACUUCUGUGCAUACGGAGACUCAAACAAAGGAGGCGACUGAAGAGUCUUCACCAACAAGAAAAGACGGGAGCCAUGCCAAUCAAGAAAGUUUGACAUCUGAUGAGGUUAUCGAUGCAGACUCGGAGACAUCUUCCGUAAUCUUUGAAGAACAAUCUGAUGAAUACCUGUCGCAGUUGCUACUCAACAACAACAACAACCACAACAGCAGAGAUAUUGGCCAUCUAUCUGAAAUAACAUUGACGACCACGCAACGUAAUGCAAAGUCAAGUCCAAGUCCACCAACAAACACAAACUCAAACACGACAGUCAAAACUACAGCACCAACUAUAAAUAAUGGAGCUGGCAAAAAUGUGCCAGCAAGUUUGCGUAGCAAUUUGCCAUCUACAGAGCAGGUAGCAUCUAAGCCAGAAUCUGUUGACCAAUUGCGCGUUGUGCCCAUCAACAAGCUGACAACUCCAAACCAAUAUCACAACAGUCAAUCACGAAACAACGUAAAUGGAAUGACACCCACAACGACCCCUUUGAAUCGCAAUGGACAGUCACAGAGAUUGGUGUCUCCUAACACUAUUGUGGUAAACACGCCGCCCAGUUCCAAUUCAAGCAAUCAUUCGCACAAGAACAAUGCGGCAACAACAGGAGUAUUACGUAAAAUUCGACUUAGCAAUGGGACCAGCUCCAAGGUAAUCACAUUCCAAACACCGCCAAUGGCACAACAACAGCACCACAACACACAGCAGCCGUACGAGCAUGAGAAUGAGCGACAGUUUCCAAUUCGUUAUUCCAAUGCAGGAAAUUCGCCAAAAAACAAUGCACACUUUUCACAGGGUCAGCCCCAGGGUCUCACCCAAGUACAGGUUCUGGCGCAGGCUCAGCUACGUGCGCUGAGGAAUACUCGUCCAUUGAUGCGCAAUGAGCCCGGCAGCAGACCAUCACAUCCAUGAGAUCCACAUCACGACCGUUUAACCGGUUCAAAUAAUACAUCAUUGCCUUCUGUAUACAAGUUAUAGGUUUUCAAUGCUUAUUAGUAAUGUGAACUUAAUGCACACAUGAAUUUAUUCGUAAGUUUUAUAUUAAAUACCUAUUAUAUAUUCCCAGUUUGCUGGAUGUUUAAUUGAACGCAUUGGAUUCUUAUUAUUUAUACAAAAAUAUAUCCCGAACAGAUAGAUUACGAUUAUUAUACUUGAAAUUUAUAUUUUAUUUACUUGUGUUCUAAAAUGUAUUCCCAAAUCAUUUUUCUUGUUAUUGCCAUGAAAAUAUAUUACGGCAUCCUAGAUUAAUAAAUACAUUUUUACAGCACCCAUAUUAUCAUACCAUAAAAUUGUUGACCAUAUUUCACAACAAACAAAAAAAAGCCAAUAUAUGUUAUUCAAACUUGACAUAAUAAACAGAAUAAAACAAAAUAGUUAUUUACAACUGUUGAUUCCGA